AUGAACGUGAAUUUGCAAACUUAUCCCUGUGUCGAGCUGGGAGUAGAAGAUGAAGCUCACGAUGAUAUUUAUGACUCGCAACCGAAGCCCAAUAAACGGGACCUGUACCGAAUGGACGCAAGUCGGCCCUGUGAUUUUUCUUUUAAAAAAAUACAAGCGCUCAACGUGUUCGAGCAGCACACAAUCGAAGCAAUGAUUGCCCAACGUCCUCGUGCCUUUCGGGUCGGAAGCAUACCUCGCCGAGGCCGGGAAAACAAAUACCUAACCCGCUCCAUCUGGCUCAAUAACAAUCGACUCACCAACCUCAGCUAUUUGAAAAAUUUUGUCGACAGUGUCCUGGUAUACCCUGCUGCUUUGAGUUGGCUUGACUUCUCCUUCAACCGCAUCCAGGAUGUAGACGAUUCGGUUGCCGAAUUUCCGAACUUGAAAAUUUUAUAUUUUCAUGGAAAUGAUAUAAAGACUUUGCGCAACAUUUCGAAAUUGAGAAGAUUGGAGAAAUUGCGUAAUGUGACAUUUCAUGGCAACCCGAUUGAAAGGACAAUACCUCAAUAUAGGAAUUUCGUAGUUCAUCUUUUGCCGCAAAUUCAUAAUUUGGAUUUUAUAACCGUCACGAAGUCCGAAAAAGAGUCGCCGGAACCAGCAGGUUUUAAGAGAAUGUCAGAAUAA